ACCUCUCAGAUGGCAGGACAAGAUGAUGCCUUUGCACACAUGAUGAUGCCUGGUCCAGUGGGGCCGGUGGGUCCAAGAGGAGCUCCGGGUAAUCACGGGAAACAAGGUCCUAUUGGCCCCCCAGGUGCUCCAGGUGAAGUUGGUGACCCAGGACCCAUGGGCUCACCUGGUGUUCGUGGCCCAGAAGGUCCUCCAGGAAAGCCUGGUGAAGAUGGUGAAUCUGGCAGACCAGGGCAACCUGGGGAAGUUGGAUUUCCAGGAUCUCCAGGAGCUCGAGGUUUUCCUGGUACACCAGGUCAUCAAGGUCAGAAGGGCCCUAGAGGUGAAUCAGGUCCACCAGGGCAGAUGGGUGCAACAGGUCCUAUGGGUCCCCGAGGGAUGGCAGGAGAAAGAGGUCGAAUUGGACCACAGGGCGUUCCAGGAGCUCGUGGUUCGCAUGGUAUGCCUGGGAAACCAGGACCAUCGGGUCCUCUCGGUAUAAUUGGUUCAUCAGGUUUUCCUGGCAUACCUGGCAUGAAGGGUGAAGCUGGUCCCACAGGUGCACGUGGCCCAGAAGGUCCUCAAGGACCAAGAGGAGAAACGGGCGCCCCUGGUCCCCCAGGAUUAUUUGGUCUUCCUGGUGCUUUAGGUACAGAUGGUUCCACAGGUACAAAAGGACCUUCAGGAUCUCCAGGAACUUCAGGUCCUCAUGGCUUACCAGGUCCACCUGGUUCUCCGGGACCACAAGGCAACACAGGUCCUCCUGGCAUUCGAGGACAAAUGGGUCCUCCUGGUAAUCGUGGCUUUCCAGGAUCUGAUGGUUUGCCAGGACCAAAGGGAGCUCAAGGGGAACGUGGCCCUGCGGGAGCUUCAGGCCCUAAAGGAAGCCAAGGGGAUCCUGGUCGCAUGGGUGAACCUGGUCUCCCAGGUGCCAGGGGUCUGACAGGGAAUCCAGGGGUCUCAGGUCCAGAAGGAAAACUUGGUCCCUUGGGUGCUCCAGGAGAAGAUGGUCGGCCAGGCCCUGCCGGUCCAAUUGGAAUUAGAGGCCAGCCGGGCAGCAUGGGUCUUCCUGGACCAAAAGGGAGCAGUGGGGAUCCCGGGAAACCCGGAGAAGCAGGAAAUGCUGGUGUCUCGGGGCAGAGGGGUGUUCAUGGUGAUCCUGGAGCAGUAGGUCCCUUAGGUCCAAGGGGACCAGCAGGAGAAAGAGGAGAACAAGGUCCUCCGGGUCCUACAGGAUUUCAGGGUUUACCCGGUACCCCAGGCCCUCCAGGAGAAGGGGGAAAACCAGGUGAUCAGGGAGAACGUGGCCAUCCGGGUGAAAGAGGGACCCCAGGAUCAUCUGGUCUUCAGGGGGAAAAGGGUAUGGCUGGAGGUCAAGGUCCUGAUGGUCCAAAGGGAAAUCCAGGCCCUUCAGGAGCAUCAGGAGAUCAAGGCCCACCUGGUCUUCAGGGAAUGCCUGGAGAGAGAGGCCUGGCUGGAACACCUGGCCCCAAGGGUGAUCGGGGCAGCAUAGGAGAAAAAGGAGGUGAAGGUACAGCUGGCAAUGAUGGGGCCAGAGGACUCCCAGGUCCAUUAGGCCCAAAUGGCCCCGCAGGUCUGGCUGGUGAAAAGGGAGAACCCGGUCCUCGGGGUUUAGUUGGCCCUGCAGGCUCUCGUGGAAAUCCUGGUUCCCGUGGUGAAAAUGGCCCAACUGGCCCAGUUGGAUUUGCUGGCCCUCAGGGCCCUGAUGGUCAACCUGGUGUGAAAGGGGAACCUGGAGAACCUGGUCAGAAAGGAGAUGCUGGAUCCCCAGGACCUCAAGGUCUUUCAGGUUCUCAUGGUCCACCAGGCCCGCAUGGAGUUCAUGGACUCAAGGGAGGCCGUGGUACAAAAGGACCCCCUGGUGCUACAGGUUUUCCUGGAUCUGCUGGAAGAGUUGGACCCCCAGGACCUACAGGAGCUCCUGGUCCAGUUGGGCCUCUUGGUGAACCAGGCAAAGAAGGUCCUCCAGGUAUUCGUGGAGAUCCUGGUGGUCAUGGUCGAGUAGGAGAUAGAGGCCCAGCAGGACCAUCUGGUGGCCCUGGAGACAAAGGAGACUCAGGAGAAGAUGGACAGCAUGGUCCUGAUGGCCCCCCAGGUCCAUCUGGAACUACUGGGCAGAGAGGUAUUGUGGGAAUGCCAGGCCAGCGUGGAGAGAGAGGCAUGCCCGGCCUGCCAGGCUCUGCAGGAACUCCUGGAAAACAAGGUCCAACUGGACCAACAGGGGACAAGGGUCCUUCUGGGCCUAUUGGUACUCCAGGCGCUCCUGGACCGGUGGGUGAUGCAGGGCCAGAGGGUCCUGCUGGUAAUGAUGGCACUCCUGGGCGAGAUGGAGCUGUUGGUGAAAGGGGCCCUCCUGGUGAUCCUGGUCCUCCAGGCCCACCAGGUCCCCCCGGCCAUCUUACUGCUGCAAUUGGUGACAUUAUGGGACAUUAUGAUGAUGGUCUACCAGACCCACUACCAGAGUUCACUGAAGAUGAAGCUGCUCCAGAUGACAACAAUAAAACAGAUCCAGGAGUCCAUGCCACACUGAAGUCACUGAGUAGCCAGAUUGAAACCAUGCGCAGCCCUGAUGGAUCCAAGAAGCAUCCAGCCCGUACCUGUGAUGAUUUAAAAUCAUGUCAUCCAUCCAAAAAGAGUGGAGAAUACUGGAUUGACCCUAAUCAGGGAUGUGUAGAAGAUGCAAUUAAAGCAUUCUGCAAUAUGGAAACAGGAGAAACGUGUAUAGCUGCAAAACCAGCUAUUAUUCCACGUAAAACAUGGUGGACUAGUAGGUCAUCUGAUCUAAAACCAAUAUGGUAUGGACUUGAUAUGAACAGAGGUUCACAGUUCGUUUAUGGUGAUAAUCAAUCACCCAACACAGUGAUCACGCAAAUGACUUUCCUGCGCUUACUCUCCAAAGAGGCCUCUCAGAAUAUCACCUAUCAUUGCAAAAACAGUAUAGGUUACAUGGAUGACCAAGCUAAGAACCUGAAGAAGGCUGUUGUGCUGAAGGGAGCCAAUGAUCAUGAUAUCCGAGCUGAAGGAAAUAACCGUUUUAGAUACACUGUCAUUUCUGACACUUGCUCCAAACACAAUGGGAAUGUGGGCAGCACAAUCUUCGAAUACAAAACACAGAAUGUGGCACGGUUACCUAUCAUUGAUAUUGCCCCAGUAGAUGUUGGAGGUGCAGACCAAGAAUUUGGAGUAGAGAUUGGACCAGUUUGUUUUGUGUAAAAAAGUAAAGAAGCAAAUAAGUAAAUACUUAAAUAAAUAAAUAAACGGGCUUAUCUUUUCAAAAGCAUUGGGGAUGACAGCAGCAACAACAGAACACAAGAACUUAGACUGAGUGAAGUUAAUCCUGAGACUCUUGAAAUUACGGCUGAUAUUACAAUCAGCAUUGUAUAUAACAGUUCUUUCUGACUCCCUGGCCUUCUUUAGUGUAUUUAUUUUACUUACAAAUCUUCAGUCUCACUGUCUAAGUCAACAAUUUAAUGAAGUAAAUCCUAUUUUAAAACGACAAGUGACCACACCUGUAUCUAAAAUAAUUCAAAACUAAGCUUUGUUUCCUAAUUAGAAAAGAUAAUCUUGAUUUCUGGCGGUUCUGCUCAACUUUAAAAAGUGUAAUUCAUAUAAUAGAAGUAUGCUGAACAGCAAUAGGAAAUAAGUAAAAGUUUCAGAUGUUCACCAUAUCAAAAUAACAAGCCCAUCAAUGCAACGCCAUAGGGCACCUCCACAGACAGUCAUGGCCCUGUGUUCAAAAUGUGGUAUCUGUAUGAACCCAUACUAUUCUGUUUGUCAACUGAGCCACUUUAUUUUCAGCUCAGCAGUUGUGAAUUUCAAAUCAUAGUUGAAACAAUUUCUCUUUUGAUAUACCAAUGUUUUGAAGAGUGGCUUCCCUUUGAUGCCAUCACCCCAACUCUGAACUCAUCCAGUCUUUUCCAAUAGAGGUUCAGCCAUUGUGAUAUCUUAACAAAAUGUUAUUAACUUACUUUAAAAAUACAACAGAGGGACAAUGCACAGCUCUUUCCCAAGAAAUCCUUAUGAUAUGAAGAAAUACAGACAACAUGAAAUUCAGAAGUGUUGGGGGCAUUGUUUGAAUAUCAUAUUUUUCUGCCUGAUCAGAUAGACAGUACAGAGACUGGCUCAGGAGUUGCUCAUGGUUUUAAGACCAGGAAUUGUGAGAAGGAUCCAUGGGUCAGCUUCAAAUAGAUUAUUGGGAAUUUAGAAAAGAAAAUGGUGACAAAAAUCCAUAGAUUGCAACAAAGUGAUCUUAGUACUGAUAAGUAGGCAUAAGUUUGCCAGGCAGUAGAUAUUAGAAGACGGCUACAUUCUAGAGGAAAUUAUCAUUCAUAUAAUUGAAGCCACUCCCUAAAAAUGUGUUCUGCAAUCAGUCAUAGCAGAUAAUGAAAGUGAAUCAGUCUUCCUCAACAUGAUGCAUUCCAGGUGUGUUGGAUGAUAAAUCAUUUAAUUCAGUAAUCAGCAUUGGUGAUCAUGGAAACUAAACAUGUGGACAAUAGGUUGGGAAAAAAUUGCAAAAGAUAAUAUUUAUGUUUUUAAUGUUUUAAUUAUAUGGUUCCCAGAGCUCAGAGUAUGUUAUCUCACUCAAUAAAUUUAUAAUCCCCCAAAAUUCCAAAACAAGUUUCAGAGUCAACACUUAAAGAUUUUGUUUGUGGAGAGGAUUAGUUGUUGACUUAAUGAGCAGCAAACCCCUAGUGAACAAUUUUUUUCUUGAACGUAAUAAACUGUAGAUUAUUACAUUUUGCAUGUGGUCAAAGAUGAAAUUUCUAAAUGACUUCAGGUAACAUCAGAAUUCCCCUAAUGUAGCCUUUCUCUAUCUGAGCAUCUUCUAAGUAAGUUUGGUUUCACUCUGAGAAUUUCCAAGCCAGCAGGGUCAUUAUUAAGAAUUUUAAUAGUUGGAGUGGACACAACACAGAGAUUAUGGAAGGCUGCUACAACUUCUUCAAGUGUAUUGUCCAGUUAUGUAUGUUUGUCAUUUAUUCCCAUGUAUUAAUCCCAAAUCAGGUAUUAACAUAAAUAUUAGAGUUUUACUGUGGCUGAAAGAAAUGUUUCCCUUAAUUACUGGUCAUGCAUCAUCAGAAAUUGUGACAUUGCAUGUCUUGAUUUAUUAGGACAAACCAAUGGUCCAUCAUUUCUUAGCAUGAGCUACCUCAUCUCUAGAAGCUGGGAUGCAUUUAAUAAUCUAGUGUUAAUUCUAGAUACAACAAGGUGCUAUGCUUCUGUUAUAAUUCCAAGAAUGGAGAUACACAGGGCAAUAUAAUAAUGAAGUAAUAAUAAUAAUUAUUAAAAUGUUUUCUUUAUGAAAAGGGAAUGGUGCUAAAAUGGUUUCUGUACAAUCCUGGAAAAAUAAAUUUAUUGUCAUCAACCUUUUCUUUUUUUAAUAGAAUUUAAAUACUAUAUUUUUGGUGUCUGGGAAAAAUUCUUAUACAUUGCGUUUUUCCUCUUAUGGUUUUAUGAUCUACAGAAUGGGGUGUUCAUCACCGUAUUUUUCUUUCCAUGGAGCAUGUGGCUACAAGACUAGUUCUUCAGUUGGCUUCUUUGUUGAAGACCUAUGUUCUCCUGUUUCUUGAUUGUUUGUUUGUUUUUCUAAAUAAACACAUACACACAUAACACAAGAAAAGCCAUACGCAUAGCUUUAUUCAUGUAUCUUUGCAAAGCAUUUAAUUAAAUACAAGUUUCAUGUUGAGUAAUGGCUUCCUUUGUGUAGAGUCCUUCUGACAAUUUAAUCUAUUUCUAGGGAAAGACGACAGGAUUCUGUGGUGUGUGUGUGUGGAUUUGCAUGAUAGAGUGUGUGUUUGCUUUGUCAUCUGUAAAUUCAAAAUGUAGCACCCAAAGCACUUAAUAAAUUAAAUAUUAA